GGCACCCCUGCAGAUGAAAUGACCAAUCAAAUCAGCUUCAUAUGAAAACCAACCCCCCACAUUAUAUACUGUGGAAUGAGAUCUGUAAACCCAUUCUGAACAAAUAUCUUUCCAAACUAGAAAAACUGGUUUUUUUUUUCUUCCUUCCUUUUGGACCACUGUAUACAGACAGAUACAAGAUCUUGGUGCAUAUUCCAUAUUCAAGAUACCCACCUUUCUCCCUUUCCCUGCCACACAGAUAAAAGCUACAAAGACACGGCUUUACAUCAGCAGUGGCCUGAGUAUGUUCAGCAGAAGAGGCUACAUCCCAGAAGAUGAGGACAGAAGCGAUAGAAGGCAACAACACCAAACCUAGUGCUCCUCUGCUGACUCAACGGUACCCAAGGAUGGUCACUAAAGAUGGGCAUAGCACACUCCAGAUGGAUGGUGCCCAAGGAAAAGGAAUUGCAUACUUAAAAGACGCUUGGGGAAUAUUAAUGGAUAUGCGCUGGAGAUGGAUGAUGUUGGUAUUUUCGGCUUCUUUUGUCCUUCAUUGGCUUGUUUUUGCAAUUCUCUGGUACUUCUUAGCUGAAAUGAAUGGGGAUCUGGAUAUUGAUCAUGAUGCCCCACCUGAAAACCAUACUAUUUGUGUAAAGUACAUCACUAGCUUUACAGCUGCUUUUUCCUUUUCACUGGAGACACAGCUCACAAUCGGUUAUGGCACAAUGUUCCCAAGUGGAGACUGUCCAAGUGCAAUUGCUCUACUUGCUAUACAAAUGUUACUGGGUCUAAUGCUGGAAGCUUUUAUCACAGGUGCAUUUGUAGCAAAAAUUGCCCGACCAAAGAACCGAGCUCUAUCCAUCCGGUUCACUUAUCUUGCAGUGGUGACACACAAAGAAGGAAAGCCAUACUUAAUGUUCCAAGUGGCUAAUACUCGCCCAAGUCCACUCACCAGUGUUCGGAUCUCUGCAGUUCUUUAUGAAGAACGUGAAACUGGUCAACUGCAUCAAACUACUGUGGAUUUUCAUUUGGAUAGCAUAACUUCUGAAGAGUGCCCAUUUUUUAUUUUUCCCUUGACAUAUUACCAUUCUAUAACACCAUCAAGUCCUCUAGCCAUUCUUCUACAAAGGGAGGCUCACCAUCACUUUGAGCUAGUAGUCUUCCUUUCAGCCACCCAAGAGGGCACAGGGGAAACAUGUCAAAGGAGGACAUCCUAUCUCCCAUCAGAGAUUGUAUUACAUCACCACUUUGCCUCCAUGCUCGCUCGUGGUGCCAAAGGGGAGUAUCAAAUCAAAAUGGAAAAUUUUGAUAAAACAAUCCCAGAACUUCCAGCAACAGACACUAAAAGUUCAAAAAGGACUGAAAUGGAGAUUCGCAUCAAUGGACAGCACAUUGACAGUUUCCAAAUCUGUGAGACACAGAUGACAGAAUGAACUCUGAAUGUGUGCCACUUUUUAAACACAACGAAAUGCCACUAUCACAUCAAUGCUGUCUUUAUCCUCUCUAGUUUCUCAUGUUUGUUUUAUUCUAGGAGUACCUUCGACUUCAGAACAAUGUGCAGAACAAAGAGCAUAUUAUCCAUUGUACUGGAUGAGCCACUAAGAACUGCACAAAAAAGUCAGGGACAAGAACCAUUGCACAAAUCCUUAGAAAACAACAACAACAAAAACAAAAACACUUCCUGCCAAAUUCAAUGGACUAUGAUUAAAACUGCACUGACCUAAAAUAGAAGACUGUUAAAUUCAGAGAGUUGUUCAAGGAAUUUAAUUAAAUGACAUGAGGGUAAAUACUAUGGAAAAAUGGAUACAACUUUAUUAAAGAUAUCUCCUCUAAAAAGAAUGGUCACCUGAAAUUCUCAAGGUCCCAUUGGACCUCAAAUUAACCUUUCCUUGCUAUACAGUUACAACAGAAUAUGCUGAUGCCUAAACAUGCUAUGAAGAAUGUUGCUAGUAUUUUCUGUGGCACUGAAAUUGCAAUCCUGCUGUGCUUGUUUAUUAAGGAAAAUCGCAAGCAUUUGCCAAAUCUCUUUGUUCCAGCAGCUAAGAACAAGUUCAACAUCCCGAGGCAGUUUUGUGAUGAAAAUGAACGAUAAGAAUUUUAAGACACAUUGGACUCUAAUACUCUGCAUUGGGACAUUAGCAGACAUCAGGAAACAUCAAUCUAUAUUCAUAAUUCUUCUGUCAAGAAUAAUUCUUCUUUUUCUGUCUUGCAAGAUAAUUCUAUCAUCAGAAAGGUUCGCUAUUUCCCACAAUUAUUUAUCUUUUCAUACUAUGUUCAUUAAGUGCAGAUAAACAUUAGACCUGACAAAAUAAUUGUGCAAACAUGAAAUCUAAUUACCAGACUUUGAGCAUUAGACUUUGUGCCAACUGAUUCAUGAUUAUUACCAGAACAGUUUAUCAAAAAUAAUACUGUUGCUGUUUCUAAGUUUAAAAGAACCAUUUUGUGAAUUUUCAACCUUUUUUCAGCUGGAGAAGUCAAUAACUCCUAUGUAUACAUGCAUAAGAAAGACUACAAAGCAUCAUCAGAACUUCCAAGUGCUUUUAUGUAAAGGAUGAUUAAAAGAUUCUUCUCAGAAGAACAUGGUAUAGGUUUUAAUAGUUUUACUUUCAAAUGGCUUCAUUUCUAAUUUACGGUUAUGAAGAAUUUAGCUUUUUUGUUCUUGAACUUGGAUAAAUGUAUUUAUAUGUA